AAUAAAAUAAACGGUCCAUCGGAGAAGAAUGUUGUCUUACAUCAUCAAUUUAUUAUUAUUUUGUCAUUAUAUGCUUUGAAUAAUAAGAAUACUCCCGUGGCGUUCUGAACCAAAACAUGUGAUUCCGGCGUGACAGUCAAAGUGUUAAAACGAGGAUUCACCGAUCAUUACGUGAUUCAUUGCCAUGACUACGUGGCAUCGAUCGUAACAAAAGCAGCCUCUCGAUCGAACUCGAUCGAAUGCUGCUCCAUAUUCACGCAGCAGCAACGUCGUCCGAUACGUUUUCUCAAAAAUCAGUAAAAAUCAAAAUAUGAAAGUAGCUCGCACGUCCGGUUAUUCGUAGAAAUCUACAUUACGAUGCUCCUUUUGCAACACCAUGUACGAACGAUUCCAGCUAAACUGUGCCUGCAUCCUCGUCCUGUCGAUAAUACUUCAAUCGUUCGUUUCUUACUGCUAUCCAGAGUUUUUCAAAGACGCAUCCAGGUACCGAAUAACGCGCAAGCCAAUGGUUACGUAAUCGAGAACCAAAACAGCAAAUUAGAUCCAUCGAUCGAGCGAAUUUUUCGGUCAGCCGGUGAACAAAGAAACGAUCUAAUUAAUUCGAAACGCAACAUCGACGCUAAAGAGAGCGGCAAAGCUGCGCAGGUCGAGGACGCUGAUAAGCGUGCACGGGUGAAACGUGAUAACGCUGUUAAAAAGAGCACUACGAAGAGUUUGAACGAAGCGGCGAAGGACGAAAAACGUUCGACUUCUAACAAAGCUGGUAAAAGUGCUUCGAGAAUCGAUCGCUCUUCCAGAGAUCUUCCGAAGCUUCCAGACAAAGAUUACGAGGCUCCUGUCGAUCAGGAAAAAUUCGAGUACGCGGACGAAGCUGAAGACGAGUCCGCAGUUGGUUCAAAACACAAAGAAACCAGGUACAAGGGCAACGACCAUGUAAACGAAGAUUCUGCGAGAUUUAUCGAUCAGGAAGAAAGAUCUAACUUGUACGAUGACUUCGAAUCGAAAGACGUGGUGAAAAGAGGAAUUUCCGGCUCUGAGGACUACGAAGAGAUGGACGACGACGCUCUUGCAGCUGCAGAAGACACUGCAGCCUUAGAAGACAAUGCAUCGGACGAAGAAACUGAUAAAAGAAAGGUGCACGGUGACGUUCGAGUGAAGAGGGACCACGAAAAUUCGAAAGAAACGGACAACGCCGAGGUUGCUGGGAAAGCAGCGAAUCCUGCAACGUCUAGCGACCUGUCUAGCGAUCAAAAAACCGCAGAGACGUCCUUAAAACGAGACACCGCUACUGACAAGGAUAGCAAAGUAGCCGAGGCUCGAGUAACCAAAGCUGACAAGGAUUCCAACGAUCAGUCGAAAAGGAACGUAGUUGACAAGAACGAGAAUGAAGCGUCGAAGAUCAAUUGCGAUCGCGAAACGGAUAAUUCGAAGCAGCCACCGACGUCAAACGACCAAAAACCAACGAUCGAAGGCAGCGAAACUGCGAAAAUCCUGGCUCAAGGAAGCGAAGAGGCUACAGGAGACGCGAAAACGCGGGAAAUUAAUUUGUCCGGUAACAACAAGGCAGCCAACGAGUUGGUCGGUGACGCUUCUGGCGUUAAAGAAACCUCGAAAGCUGAGGAGUCGAAAAUUGCCGACGUAGCCAGCAGCGCAGUCGCGGCGAAAGUGGAAGUUGUGGCGAACGCGGCGGAAACGUCGGCUGCGGAUGAUUCUGAGAAAUUAGCGAAUUCGAAGAACGAAGCUGAGACUGCGGAACAGAUAGACGAAGACUAUCAGAAACGGGUGGAGGAGCAGAUCCAGCGAAAGAUCGAUUCGAUCAAAGAGCAGAUUAAACGAGAGAUCGAGGAGAACCAACGCCUUAAGGACAUCGAGGAGAAUAACGCGAGAUUCGACGAAUUGCGCGAAUUGGAAGAAGACGAGGAAGAACAGGCUCCGGAGGUCGCACUGACCGGAGAUGACGCGCCUAAGAGAUCUGUCGCGGAUAGAAAUUCCGGCAAGUCUCGGAUUCGUGAUAACGUGGAGAAACAGUCGAUAAAGAGGAAAAAGAGACAAGACAGCGGUCAGGAAAAGACGCGAGACGCUAGUGACUCGAGUUCGAAUAAAAAAUCUUGGCCGAGAACGGUGAAGAAGCGAUCGAUAAUGCAAUCGGAAACGAUACCAAAGAAACACGCGCGACAGGCGUUUUUGACGAAAACCGAUCGGAAGAAGAAGAGAAAAAGAAGAUCUAAAAAUUCUAUGUUGAUCCCGGAACAACGUAACGUCAAGCUGGAGGGAAGUCUACCGGCUGAUUACACGUUGGACUCGAACUUACGAGGGGCACUUGCUGAUGCAAAGCCGAGCGCGUCCAAGAUAACGGAAGACGAAAAGGCAGUGGCAGAACAGGGUUCUUUGUUAGAGAAAAGAUCCGAUUCCGUGGCGUCGCUAACGGGUAGUAACGAAGAAAUGGGGCCACUGGCGACGGAAUACGGAGAAGCUUUCGGCGGCUUGAAUGGAGAUCCAGGGAUGGCGUUAGCUAGAUUUAAAAGGAUCAAACGAGUCCUCAGACCUCCAGCUUCCAAGACCUAGCGCUAGAUUAAAAAAGGAUACGAAAUUUCACGCCGAUUCAAUUGACGUCGCGUGCAGCGAUGUUAAUCGAAAGAUAUUCGAUGGAAAACAAUAUUAGCAAACGAUAGGUACAUUAAUUAGCUGUAGAGGUUCGUUUAUAGAGUACACGUAAGUCUAUUUAAGACUUGUCAAGAGCAGAGAAAUUUUGUAAGAAGACAAAGUGUUAAUGGUUGAUAGAGAAACAUUGGUUUUGGUAAUCGGUGCAUAUAAUCAGUCGUUGAUACAGUUCGGUAUUUCGAAUACCUUGGAAUACAAUGCGUUUCUAAUAUUCUUCUCGUACCUUAUCAUAUCAUUUUUUAAAACGGAAGUCACGUCGUGUGACGUACAGUUUCGCGCAUAGUUUGGAAUAUUUAAUCCUCCACCGAUGAAUAAACUGCACGUCCUGUUGCAUCUUCGAUCCGAUUAAGUAGAACGAGUCGAUGCUGUUCAAACUUCCGUGCGCAAUUCUGUUAAAUAAUAAAGAAAAACACUUUGAGACAAGCGACGCGCGUCGUAGACGAGAUGUAGCAAUAAAAAUCAAAAUUCGUAUAUCGGAAUUUUAUUGAGAAAAAAGAUAUAUAUAUAUAUUUGAAUUACCUGGACGAUCCACGUGGUUGGAUGGCGGCACUAAAGGAAAAGAGAGAAAGAAAGACAGGUGCCUAGGCAAAUACACAGAUAAACAUUCGUAAGACGUUCAAGAUUUAAUAACAAAGAUACGAUUAAACACGAAGAAGACACAUAGAUCGUUAACCUUCUUUUUGUGCGCUUACAUUACGGGGGAGACUUUUUGACUUUUAAACUUUCGGCAAACGAGUACCGACGUCUCCUACUUGUACCAUCCAUCUCUCCAUAUCACCGUUCUACUUUACAACAAUAUGAAACAAUUAUUUACACAUCGACGGGCAGAAGGACCACGGUGUCGUGUGAGAAAUCUUUCAAUGCGUUUUAUUCCUUUUUCCCUUUUUUCUGCUUUCUUUUCUUUUUGUUUCGUUUCGUUUCGUUUCGUACGUGCAUCGCGCCGACGUGCGCCGUCUUUAAAAUGCGCAGAGUUUUCUUUCAGC